AUGGAUCCGACAACUACGUGUCCCAUCGAUCAAACGCGAACAAUGAAAAUUGAGAAGACGAAGAUGUUCCUCGAAGGAGGCGCAGAAGACGCCGAAUAUGCUGCACGCCGAAGCAUCGCCCUCCCACACCUUCACUGCAUCAAGCUUGACGAGCAUGCUAGGUUCUGCCUCGUGCUCCUCCGAGCAAUUGUCCCCCAGAUCAGGUGCCAUCUGCUUGUUUCUGCUUACGCUACACCAGAGGGGACGCGAGCAAUAGACCUCGACCUCGAAGCCUUUGCUAGAGUCCUCGGACAAUAUAUCCAGCGCAUUCCUUUCGGGCAAACCGCCUCCCUCGAAUUCACCAAACAUCACAUCCACUUCGCCGACAGAGGUUCAGAGAAUAAGAGCUUUAAAUUUCGCCUACAUUACGGAGCCAGAUACGCCGGUUUGUCGACCACAAACACCUUUUUGAACAUGAUUGCUCAGGGUGAUUUUCGGCGAACCGGUAUCCUCUGCCUGGACGUCGAAAUGGGGAGUGACAUUCACGCCAUACAGCCUGCUAUGCGACGCGUGUUUAGGUCGUUCAAUGGGGUGAGAUGCGUGGUGGCUCGGCAGGAGGCAUUCGAGCUCGUGGCGGAGUCGAUCCACUCAGCCGAGGGGCUGUUCCCGGGGCUGCGCAGGUUGAGGAAUUUUGGGAGGUAUUCGUCGACAAACUGGAGGAACUUGAUGGACGAGUUCGCGGAACUUUACGACAAGAUAAUGAAAGAGGAACUUGAAGGUGUUGUUGCAAUCUCCGGCGGACGGUAA